AUGGCGAAGAUCCGGGUCUCCUCCGAGUACUCGGAGGCGGAGGACCGGAGCAUCCGGCUGGGCUUGUUCCUGAUCGCCUGCGGGGUCCUGAGCCUCUUCAUCCUCGGGUUCUGCUGGAUCAGCCCGACCCUGCAGAGCCUGGAGAGCAAAGCUGCCAACUGCACGGUGGUGUCGGUGCUGCGACCCGAGGAGAUGUUCGAGUGCGUGUUCACCUGCGGGGCGGACUGUCGGGGGACGUCCCUGUACCCCUGUCUGCAGGUCUUCGUCAACAACUCCGAGUCCAACUCGGUGGUUCUGCUGCACCACAACGAGCAACAGCUGGUCCUCAACCCGAAGUGCUCGUUCGUCCCCCAGUGUGAGAGGGACAACCAGAGGAACAUUGAGAACGUCCUGAGGUGGGAGGAGAACUUCACGCAGGUGGUCAGCAGCCAGGCCUUCACCUGCUACUUCAACCAUCAGAGGAGGCCGGACGACGUGUUGUGGCACAGCUCCCAUGACGCCAGCGUCCUGCUGCACUGCAUCCUCUGGCCAAUGGUCUCGCUCCUUCUGGGCACGCUCAUUGUGCUCCUGACGGUGUGCGCCCGCUCUCUGGCCGCCCGGGCCGAAGCCCUUCAGAAGAGGAAAGGUUCAUACGAGGACCUGCCGGCCACGCCCCCUGAUCACCAUAGCAACAAGCCCGAAGACCCCCUGACGACGAACUCUGACCCCGAGCCGCCGUCGCCAUCGAGGGCCCUGCCGCUGUUCGCUGUGCCGGUGCGGCGGCGGGACCGGGAACACUAGGACAGACACGAAGGAGGGUUUGAGUCACUGCGGGUCGGACCGCGUGGAGACGUUCUGACCAAAACAGGAUGAAGAUGAAGAUGAGAACUCCACCUGCCCUGUAGAGUUCAUCAGAAACUGUAGACUGUUUUGCUCCAUGUGGAAGCUGAGCAGAACCCGCCGAGGUUCUGAUGAAAGGAUUGUGUCCAGUCCAGGUUCUGGUGGCUGAACUUGGAUCCAACUUCCAGAGCUCAAACGUGUUUCUGUGUCACGUUAGCUUUCAUCAACCAACGUUAACGAGCGAGAAGACUUCUUUCAUAUUUGAUGCAGAACUUUCCCCGUCGUGUUUGCUGAGCGGCCAGAGAUCCACAAGACGGUGAGCAGACUGCCUCCUGAGGCGUCGACUAUCAAACCAGUCUGGGCGGAACUUUAAAGACCGUCAUCAAACUGGUCCCAUUUAAAGUCUUUUCUCUGAGCGAUCGUUCACGUGAUCCAACGACGCAACCAAAGCUUCGCAACGAAGGUCCAAAACAUCACAACUCUGAGUUAACGGUGACAUUCUGCCGUCGAACCGGCUGUUCUGAGUCCAGUUGGGAUGCUGCUUAAUCUGCUACGUACCCAGCAGUCGUCGCUUUGUACCCACUGGUGUUCGGUAGCAGCUGGGUUCUGGCUGGGUUGGACCCGUGCACGGAACAUCUGGUCAGAGUGGAAGUCAGUUUUUGCAAAUUUGAGCUAAAUUUAAAAAGUAGCAAAGACUUAAUUAAAAAAAUGCAAAUUAAACCAGCUGAGCUGUAGUAAGUCUUUGUCAGGA